AUGAUAUUUAUAGCACUUUUCUUUCCGGCGUGUGUUGGAUUAUAGAUGAAAAAUUAAUAUUCCUAGAACAAGGUCACAGCCCAACUAAGCUGGGUUUGUGUUUGAAGAUGCGAGCUCUGUCUAUUUCAAACAAACAAACCAAGCCCACAAACCUGUUUAAUGUUGGAAACAUCUUGACUUGGGGAGUCGCUUCCCCACCUUUCUCUGGGAUGAGAGGUGAGCUUGUGAGAGCAGAGGAUGAACAGAGAUUCAGUUGACGGUCUUGGGGCGUUGAGCUGUUUGUUUUGUGCACGUCCGGGUAGCAUUGAGGUGCCUCUAAGCCAUGUAGAUGGAAGGAUCGGUGUUGACGAAUGCUAAUUUAUAUUCCUCAGCCUCUUGCAUUUGAGCAGUGGAAUGUUAAAGGCGCCUCCUACCAGGGAGAAAAGUAUUUCUGCUCCUAAGACUUAGUCGCUUAGAUUUGGGGGGCAGGAGGGGAUGGGAGGCAAUCCUCCCUGUGGGAACAGCCCAGGGUAUCUCAGCGUGGGUGCAAUGUUGUUCCUUUCAGAUAUUGCAUAUUACGUGUUAGGGCUCCAGUAAAUAGGAAAAGGUGGGUGUCCUUUUAGUUUGACAUCUCUGGAAACGGAGUUGGUGUAUAGUGGUUUUGGGGGUAUAAACUUGACUUUGGUGUCCCACCCACUCAGUACCCAGAGUCUCGGUGCUGCCUUUUGUUUCCAGUUUCUAACAGUCUGUUCUCUCCUCUCCCCCACCCGCAGAGUUCUACCUUGUAAAUACUGUUAUUUGUAUAUACUGUAAAUGAUGACAUCGGUGGGCACUAACCGAGCCCGGGGGAACUGGGAGCAGACACAGACACAGAGCCAGACACAGCACAAGCAGCGGCCACAGGCCACUGCAGAACAGAUUCGACUUGCACAGAUGAUUUCGGACCACAACGAUGCUGACUUCGAGGAGAAGGUGAAACAACUGAUUGAUAUCACGGGCAAGAACCAAGAUGAGUGUGUGAUUGCUCUGCACGACUGUAACGGGGAUGUCAACAGAGCCAUCAACGUGCUGCUGGAGGGGAAUCCGGACACGCAUUCCUGGGAAAUGGUUGGGAAGAAGAAAGGAGUCUCGGGGCAGAAGGACAGCGGGCAGACAGAACCCAGUGAAGAAGGCAAAGAGAACCGGGACAGGGAUCGGGAUUACAGCCGGCGACGUGGCGGGCCACCGAGACGAGGCCGAGGCACCAGCCGUGGAAGAGAGUGUAUGAGCCUGCCCUUUAAUAGCAACUAUAACUAUCAUGUUCGGGGCCAGGAGAAUGGACUGGAUGGUGGUAAGAGUGGAGGCUCCUCUGGAAGAGGCACGGAGAGAGGGAGACGGGGCCGCGGACGAGGCAGAGGUGGCUCUGGAAGGCGGGGGGGAAGAUUUUCUGCCCAGGGAAUGGGAACUUUCAACCCAGCUGAUUAUGCAGAGCCAACCAGCACGGAGGAGAACUAUGGGAAUAGCAACAACACAUGGAACAGUACUGGUAGCUUUGAGCCCGACGAUGGGACAAGACUUGAUUUCAUUGGGGGUGAGGGCUCAAAUUAUCCCCGAAAAUUUGACACUGCUCCUGGUGCAUGGAGGACAGCGACGGAGGAAUGGGGAACAGAGGACUGGAAUGAAGAUGUAGGUACUCUCAAUCCCCUCCCCAUGAUAGAAGGGGAACAAAACCUGCUAGCUGAGGACUGUAGGAAUAGCCCCAAACCAGGCUCCUUGUUCCAGGAACUGCACUGCACGACUCAGCUUUCGGAGACCAAGAUCUUCACUGCCUCCAAUGUGUCUUCAGUGCCUCUGCCUGCAGAGAAUGUGACAAUCACAGCUGGCCAGAGAAUUGAUCUUGCGGUGCUGUUAGGAAAGACUCCCUCUUCUCUGGAAAAUGAGUCCUCAAACCUGGAUUCAACCCAGGCUCCUUCUCUUGCCCAGCCUCUUGUGUUCAGCAAUUCCAAGCAGACGGCUAUAUCCCAGCCUGCAUCUGGGAACGCCUUCCCUCAUCACAGCAUGGUGAGCAUGCUGGGGAAGGGGUUUGGAGACGUCGGAGAGGCCAAAAGCAGCAGCACCACAGGCUCUCAAUUCCUGGAGCAGUUCAAGACCGCUCAGGCUCUGGCGCAACUAGCGGCUCAGCACGCCCAGCCUGGCGGGAGCAACACCUCCUCCUCCUGGGACAUGGGAUCCCCGGCGCAGUCCUCGGCUCUCGUGCAGUACGAUCUAAAGAACCCGACGGACUCAUCCGUUCACAGCCCCUUCACCAAGCGUCAGGCUUUCACGCCAGCCUCAGCGAUGAUGGAGGUGUUCAUGCAGGACAAGCAGCCUGUGGUGACAGCCUCUACAACGGCACCGCCCCCACCAUCUUCCCCUCUGCCCAGCAAAACCAACCCUGUUCCCCAGAUGUCCCCGGGGUCAUCGGAUAACCAGUCCUCCAGUCCCCAGCCAGUGCAGCAGAAGCUCAAGCAGCAGAAGAAGAAAACCUCCUUGACAUCUAAGAUUCCUGCUCUCGCGGUGGAAAUGCCUGGCUCAGCAGAUAUCUCAGGGCUAAACCUGCAGUUUGGGGCAUUACAGUUUGGUUCGGAGCCUGUUCUCUCGGAGUACGAAUCAACGCCCACGACGAGCGCCUCUGUGAGCCAGUCUCAAAGCAGCCUCUACACCAGCACUGCGAGUGAAUCUUCGUCCAAUCAAAGCCAGGAGUCUGGUUACCAGGGCGGCACAAUACAGACAGCAACGUAUACCUCCCAGAACAGCGCUCAGGGACCACUGUAUGAACAGAGAUCCACCCAGACCAGGCGAUACCCAAACUCCAUCUCCUCCUCGCCCCAGAAAGACCUGACCCAGGCCAAGAAUGGUUUCAGCUCUGUGCAGCCCACGCAGUUACAAACCACGCAGGCCGUCGAAGGUGCUCCAGGCCCUGUGGUGAAAUCAGAUUCCCCCUCUGCCCCCAAUAUCGCACCUCUGAACGAUGCAGUAUCCGCAUCAUCCCUGCUGACAACAGCCAGCCAGCACUCAUCAGCUCUGAGUAGCCUGAACCACGCUGAGGAGCUCCCCAGUACGACCACCGCCCAACUCAGCAGCACGUUACCCACCCAGCAGAACAGCCUCUCCUCGUCCACGUCCUCUGGGCGCACAUCAACGUCAACUCUUCUGCACACUAGUGUGGAGAGUGAAGCAAGCCUCCAUUCUUCUGCUAGCACUUUUUCCACCUCCUCCAGCACAGUCUCGGCUGCCCCACCUGUGGUCAGCGUCUCCUCCAGUCUGAGCAGCGUCAGCAGUCUGGGCCUGAACCUCAGCAACAACUCCACCGUGACAGCCUCCACGCGCAGCUCUGUGGCCACAACAUCAGGAAAAGCCCCUCCCAACCUCCCUCCUGGAGUUCCACCAUUGUUGCCUAAUCCGUACAUCAUGGCUCCAGGGCUCUUACAUGCCUAUCCGCCACAAGUGUAUGGUUAUGACGACUUGCAGAUGCUUCAGACGAGAUUCCCAUUGGAUUAUUACAGCAUCCCAUUCCCUACCCCCACCACCCCGCUGACUGGAAGGGACGGCAGCCUGAGCAGCAAUCCGUAUUCGGGUGACCUCACAAAGUUCGGCCGAGGCGACGCCUCCUCCCCUGCUCCAGCAACAACUCUGGCGCAGCCUCAGCAGAACCAGACGCAGACGCACCAUACCACGCAGCAGACGUUCCUGAACCCAGCUCUGCCUCCUGGCUACAGUUACACCAGUCUGCCAUACUACACAGGGGUACCAGGGCUCCCCAGUACCUUCCAGUAUGGGCCCGCCGUGUUCCCUGUCGCUCCUACCUCUUCCAAGCAGCAUGGUGUGAAUGUCAGCGUCAACGCAUCAGCAACCCCUUUCCAGCAGCCCAGCGGCUAUGGCUCUCAUGGAUACAGCACUGGUGUAUCCGUGACAUCCAGUAACACGGGAGUGCCAGACAUCUCGGGCUCCGUCUACUCCAAGACCCAGUCCUUCGAGAAGCAGGGAUUUCACACUGGAACCCCGGCAGCCUCGUUCAACUUGCCUUCAGCACUAGGCAGCGGCGGCCCCCUCAACCCCGCGACCGCCGCAGCGUACCCACCGGCGCCGUUCAUGCACAUCCUCACCCCGCAUCAGCAGCCCCACUCGCAGAUCCUCCACCACCAUUUGCAGCAGGACGGCCAGGUACUGCAACAGCUUCCAUAUUUGCAGAUGAUACUGUGCUGCCAACGCCAGCAGGAGGACCAGAGCGGCACCGGACAGCGCAGCCAGGGCAGCUCCAUCCCCCAGAAAUCCCAGGCCAACAAGUCCACCUACAACAGCUACAACUGGGGCGCCAACUGAGGCUGCAGCGGCCCUGCGCACCUCGCCACUCGCUUCUGGAAGAGAAACGUACCGAAAACGACAACAAAGGAACCCGGGGAGGAGAGAGCGCCCCCUAUCCCCCGGCACAGCGCCAGCAGCCCCCGGGGCAGGCCGGCCACUUGGCUCUGCAUUGUGUCUGUUUUCAGCCACCUUUCCUGUUGUAUGUAAUAUAGAAUUUGUAUUUUCUCUCUCUUUUUCUCUCUCUCUGCGUUCAGACUCUGAACCGUUUGCCGUAGGGGCCUUUUUUGGUUUUUACUCCUUUCUCUCCCCCCUUCUCCCCACAUCCUGCUGCCCCCUGACCCCGGUGGACCCAAAGGAGUGGAAAGCUGCAAACCCACCUACAGCAAACCCCCUUUAAUAUUAGGAAUAAGAACAGUAAUUGAUAUGAACAGCAUUGUCCGAUGAAUUAGUUGAAGUGUUUUUUGUACUGUGUUCUAAAUUUAAUGGAUAAAUGUGUCUUGUAUAUAAAAACGAAAACCCCA